AGCUUGGGGAAAGUAGGCGAGGUUUUCUUUCUCUCGCUCUCUCUCUUUCUCUCUCUGUACUGAACCACAGCCACGUAGCAGAAAGGAAGAAAGAGUUUAUCGCUUUCUCGCUAGCUACAUUAGCUCUUAGCACCUUAGCUAAGGCUAGUUAUUAAUUCACAACCUGGGACUUUAAUAGGUAGAAAACCUGUUUCGUUUAGCUAGCUUAGAUAGAGUUGAUAAUUAACGGCUCAAAUAAUGGAAACUGAAGCUAUCGAUACUGGGGCAUCUGAGCACCAGAUUUUAAAGGAGGAGGAAGAGGAGGAUGGUAAGGGCAUGGCUGAAAAGAAGAUGGAGGGGGAAGAAUCACGCAAAGCUGGAAAACCUUCUUCUCGUAUACCUACUUUCCAAAGCUCACUGGCUCGCAAGCGAACCACCAACAUCCAAAUUGCAGAGUCACAGCUGCCACCAAAGCCAGAGGGAUCCAGUCGAGAAUGCCAAGUGAAAGAGAGGGGGAUGGGCUCUGGAGAGACUUUGCAAACUAAAUUGCCAGUGUUUGGUGACAGAGAAACAGCCUUGCCUAUUCUGUCAACCCGAAUACACUCACAAAGCACUGAUGAUCUCUCUGUUGCUGGGAUGUUCGAUCCCAUCCUAUCUGAAACUUCAGAGGCUACGUCACUUCCACUUAAACUUAGCCACUCUCCUGAACCAAAUGACUCUGAGGGUCUUGAGGAAUCACUUCACCGAGCGAGUCUUAGAGUAGACACAGCAUCCUAUGACACAGAUUCAGCCGCAGAGCCUCAAGACGCAAGUACAAUGUUUCAGUUGAAAGACGAGCAAGAAUCCGAUACUGUUGUUCAGGAUGAGCUUGAACAAAAACUCAGCGAAGUCAUACAGGGUAUCGGAGAUGAAUUGGAGGAGAAGCUUUUAAAAGAAACGCUGUCUGCAUCAAUCAUGGAGGAUGUCCAAAAGCACUGUUUGACAUUAAAAGAGACUGAAAAGCCUCCCACAGAAGUGCCUUCUGAAAAUAUUAUGAAGCAAAACGAUGUAGAUUCCCCUGCUAGGAGUAAAACGGUUUAUUCAAGACAUACAGAAGACAAAAAUGACACAUCCACAAGGACAAGAGGAAGGAGCUUUGCUCUCUUCUGUUUCUUCCCAACUAUCCUGUUGAUUUUGGGUGGAUUUGGUCAACACAUUUGGCUCUAUGGGGUCCCUAGAUCUGUGUCCCACCUCAUGGUGCAGCUGGAACUGCACUGGCUUGAAGGCUUCUGGUUGCCCCAAGAGGAAUGCAGCUCUGACUGUAGACUGAUUCUGGCUGAGAGUAUUCCUGAAGGAAUGCUCUUCCCUUCUGGAUCCCCACACCUGCAGAGCAUCUCACACACCUGGACCAACCUGCUGAACCGAGCUAACAGCUCAGUCAACAUCGCUGCUUUCUACCUCACGCUGAGAGACUCCGAUAUCGGCCUGACUGAUCCCAGUGCAUUGCAGGGCCAAGUACUGUUGGAUCACCUGAAGCAGCUUGAAUCUAGGGGUGUGAAUUUACAGAUUGCAGUGAAUGGCCCUCAGAUGAACAGAUCAGACACAGACGAGCUAACAAGAACAGGUGCAGAAGUCAGAGAGGUUGACCUUAAAAACAUCACUGGAGGCAUCGUCCACACAAAGCUUUGGGUUGUGGACAAGAAGCACAUGUAUGUAGGAAGUGCAAACAUGGAUUGGCGCUCACUAACCCAGGUAAAGGAGGUUGGUGUUUCUGUGGAGGAUUGCAGUUGUUUGGCACAGGAUGCGUCACGGAUAUUUGGAGUCUACUGGGAACUCGGUGCUCAGAAAAAUAGUUCCUUACCUCACUACUGGCCUGGCCGAUUCUCCGCCCUCUCCAGCAUUAAGUAUCCAUUAACUGUUAAAUUCAACGGUGUUCCUGCACGUGUCUAUCUGUCUAGCGCUCCACCUCAGUUAGCCACUUACGGACGGACAGAUGAUUUAUCAGCUAUUCUCUCAGUAAUUGCUGAUGCCAAAAAAUUCAUCUACGUGUCUGUGAUGGACUACCUUCCAAUGUCUGAUUUCACCCCUGAAGUAAGGUUCUGGCCUGCCAUCGAUUCGGCACUGCGGGACGCCGCAUGUGCCCGAAAGGUGGACGUGAAUCUGCUGGUCAGCUGCUGGACCCACUCUCCUGAAACUAUGUUCAUCUUCUUGCAGUCUUUAUCAGUACUCAGCAAGACACCGCUCGGAUGCAACAUUCAUAUUAAAAUUUUCGAGGUUCCUUAUACACCGCCCCAACAUCAGAUCCCUUUUGCCCGUGUGAACCAUGCCAAGUAUAUGGUAACAGAUCGUGUCGUCUACAUCGGAACUUCCAAUUGGUCUGAAAAUUAUUUCACCCAGACAGCUGGAGUUGGGUUUGUGGUGAAUCAGACAGGCUCUGUGCUGGAAAAGGGUCAGCAAACAGUGCAGAAUCAACUACAGAAGAUUUUCCAGAGAGACUGGAAUUCUGACUUUGCUCGUCCUCUCACGGACGAUGUCGUAGAGUAUUGCAGCAGGAGGAAAAAAGCACUGUAAAGCUGUUGUAUCAGAGACUUUGGCGUUUAUGCACUAUUUACAUUUGGCCUUGUGACUUGCUGUAACUUGGAAUGUAUCUAAACUUGCCUUUACUCUGGGCAACAUUUGGUCAUGACAAUAACUUCUCUGUAAUGUGUAUAUUUUAUUAGCUUGUGUAUAUUUUUGCUUUUAUGAUCUGUAUACAUGGCUCCAUUUUUUUUUUCAUGUCCUAAAACCUGAAUUUCUGCAAGACUUGUUCAGACUUAUGCUCAGAAGCAUUCCUGAGUAAAGGGUUCAAACAGCAUGUC